ACUUUCCACAACCCUUCACCUUUCUCAGGAACCUGUCUGGUAUUUCUUCCCCAUUUGAAAGGAAAUUUAUCUACUCGACCUCCCAGAUUUUCUCCAGUUUGUUCCAUUGAAGAAGCCGAGAAAAACUUCCAAGACAGAUGGCCCACCAAGAAGAUGCUCCCCUGGCCAGAGGAAGCCUGGCAGGCAGUGAAGAGGUCCUUGUUACCUCUGCAGUACCCAGAGGAAGCUCCAACAGUCGUGCCUUGAAGGUGGCAGGCCUGACAACCUUGGCAUGUCUGCUGCUGGCCAGCCAGGUCUUUACUGCCUACAUGAUGUUUAACCAGGGGCAGCAGAUCCACUCGCUGCAGAAGAACUCUGAGAGAAUGGGCAAACAGCUGACCCGCUCAUCCAAGGCUGCGGCUCCAAUGAAGAUGCACAUGCCCAUGAACAGCCUCCCUCUGCUGAUGGACUUCACUACGGAUGAGGACUCCAAGACUUCCAAGACUCCCCUGACAAAACUGCAGGACAUUGCUAUCGUUAAUGUGGAGAAACAGCUGAAGGAUCUCCUGCAGGUCUCCGAGCUGCCACAUGUCAACGAGACCUUCCUGGUCAACCUUCAGAGCGUGGAGAAGCAGAUGAACGAGAGCGAGUGGAAGAGCUUUGAGUCCUGGAUGCGCUACUGGCUGCUCUUCCAGAUGGCCCAGCAGACACCUGCACCCCCCACAGCUCAGCCAGUCUCUACCAUCAAGACCAAAUGCCAGCUGGAGGCAGCACCAGGUGGCGCCAAGAUCGGCUCCUACAAGCCUCAGUGUGACGAGCAGGGCCGCUACAAGCCCAUGCAGUGCUGGCACGCCACCGGCUACUGCUGGUGUGUGGACGAGAGCGGCACACCCAUUGAGGGCACCACCAUGCGCGGCCGCCCUGACUGUCAGAGAGGCGCCACUCCUCGUCGCAUGUUGUUUGCACCCAGGAUGAUGCAGAAGACCAUCAGCUUUGAGGAUCAGUGAAUCCAAUGAAGCAAAGUGUGUCUCUUUUCAAUGAGUGAUCGUCGCAGGCAGAAAUAAUCAUCAUUUUAAGCUAACUGCUGACUCUCAUACAGUAAAUGAGCUUUCCUGAUCAGUCUUUUACGUAAUCUCUUGAUUUUAACGUUUUUACCAGGUGUCUGAAAUCAAAACAAUAGAGGCCUGUUUCAGUUAACUGCUUUUUAUCAGAUAGGCUUACUUUGGGGGUGUUCUCAUUGACCAUUUAACUUUUGACCAUUGAUAUAAUCUACAAUGUACUGUUUGUGAGUAACAUUGCUGUUUGCUUCUGAAGAAUGCUUCAUGUAACAAAAAAAAAAUGAUUUUUUCACUUUGCCCCAGUAGUAUUUAGUAGUAGUGCUUUAGUAGUGGAGAUAGUUUUAGUUUUACUUGAUGAUACAAAGGAGGGGAGUGGACGUUUGCUUGUGGUGCAGACAGCAUUAAAAACUACAUUUAAAAAAAUGUGAACAGCCAAAACUCUUUCCAGAAACAGUGUCCACUGUUACUCUGAUAAUCCACACACCAUACCAUGGACAGAUUUCUUCUAUGGACAGCAGUUCUGAUGAAAACUGUCCACAGUGAGGUCUGUGGACUACUCAGAGUAAUGGGGAUGCUGUUUCUGGAAAGAGUUGUUGCUGUUUAAUUUUUUAUUGCUGUGAGUGUUACGAACUUCUGCUGACCAAAUAAAGCCAAAAUUAUCUGCAUGGCUAGACACCAUGAGAGUUUAAUGAGAAAAUACGUUUGUGCAUUUUGAGUGAACACAUCCUUUAAAGGAUGUGAUAGGAGGAAGUAAUUUUUCUAUGAAGGUGUUGAGAAGGUGAAAUAAAGUUUUCCUAACAACACUGUUUGCAUUGUUAUACAUGAUAAACUGAGAUCAUGGUCAUUUGAGAUGAUAUAAUUGUGGAAUUUAAAAGCUAAAUAAGGCCUUAAUAAACUUUAACCUGAUUAGAUGCA